AUGGGGAGGUUGGGCGACAAGUCGGACUACGAGAGCAUCCGCGAGGCCCGCAUCUCCGAGAACAAGGCCCGGAUGGAGAUGCUCGGCCUGCUCCGCUGCGCCGGGGAGCUCAGCGCCAUCGCCCCCUCCACCGUCCGUCGCGCCGGAAGCGUCACCCCGAGGAAGACCCCCAAGCCGCCGCGGGUCCUCACCCCGCUCCGCCGCUCGGGCCGCCUGACAGCCGUGGCGACGCCGGCCAGAUCUGAGUCUGGCCGCCGCUGCUCCCCCCGGCUGAACGGGGGGUUGGAGCACCUGCCUUACAGAGAGGAGACCGAUGAAGAUGACGACGACGAGGAGAAGGCGGUGGUGUAUAUUGACAAGGAGAGGCUGCGGGUGCUGCAGGAGAGGCGCUGCGACAGCAAGGGGAGGGGUGCUGUGUACGAUCCUGUUCUCGGGAUCUGCUGCCAUUUCUGCAGGCAGAAGAAACUUUGCGGCGAGGAGGGAUGCAAGCGCUGCGGGGAAGGAGACUUUGACCAGCCAUGCAUAGGGAAGACAGAGUGCUCCUCCUGCCAUUCCACCAACGGGAUACUCUGCCGUGCUUGCCUUAAAGUUAGGUACGGCGAAGAGAUGGAUGAGGUUCGGAAGAACAAGAACUGGAUGUGCCCUCACUGUGUUGAGGAGAAGGGCACCAAGAAGUUCUGGAUAUGCAACAGUUCAUUGUGCUUGAAGAAGAGGAAGAUAGCACCAACUGGGAUUGCCAUAUUCCAAGCGCGUGAGCAAGGAUAUGCGUCGGUCGCUCACCUUCUCAUGGACCAGCUGAAGUGCCGUGGAUCAUUCUGAGGACUGCGACUGCUUCCCACAUGCUCACUUCUUCAGUGAUUCUAGUGAUGAUUGGUGGUUG